GACCCCUCCACCCCCCCCCAGCGCGCGCUCAAGGGCCAAUGCUGGCGGGAGCCUGGGCGGGCUCAGCCAAUGGGCGAGGCCGCAGCGGCUGAGGGAGAAGCGGCCCGGCCGGAUCGACCGAGACGGCUCUUGGCAGGCGGAGAUGCCGCUUCUUUGACGUCGGGUUGCCGCCGCAGACGCCGCAGACGGGGGGCGCUUAUGGCCAAGAGCCGAGCAGGGGGCGGAGGCGGCAGCAGCAGCGGCGGGGACGGAAAGGCGGCGGGCUCCGUCGCCGUCCUCGCCAACGGGAUGGGCUCGGCGCCCCGCGGACCCCUGGCCGAGGACGACGACGAGGCGGGCGAGAUGGACUCGCGGAGCUCGCUGGGCGGUGGCAGCAGCAGCAGCAGCGACGGCGAGCGCCGCGUGGACAAGUUCGGCUUCCUCGUGGCCGACGGCGGCGACGGGGCCGGGCAGGAGACGCCGCUGGAGGAGGUGCCGUUGGAAGUGCUGAGGCAGAGGGAGUCGAAGUGGCUGGAUAUGCUCAACAACUGGGACAAGUGGAUGGCAAAGAAGCACAAAAAGAUCCGGCUGCGAUGCCAGAAGGGGAUCCCCCCAUCGCUGCGGGGUCGGGCCUGGCAAUACCUCUCAGGAGGCAAAGUCAAAUUGGAGCAAAACUCUGGGAAGUUUGAUGAGCUGGACGUGGCCCCGGGCGACCCCAAAUGGCUGGAUGUGAUUGAACGGGAUCUCCACAGGCAAUUCCCGUUCCACGAAAUGUUUGUUGCUCGUGGAGGCCACGGGCAGCAAGACUUGUUCCGGGUACUGAAGGCCUACACGCUCUACCGGCCGGAGGAGGGUUACUGCCAAGCCCAGGCGCCGAUUGCUGCGGUGUUGCUGAUGCAUAUGCCUGCAGAGCAAGCUUUUUGGUGCCUUGUUCAGAUCUGUGAGAAGUACCUUCCCGGCUACUACAGUGACAAGCUGGAGGCCAUCCAGCUGGAUGGGGAGAUCCUCUUCUCCCUGCUUCACAGGGUCUCGCCUGUGGCCUACAAGCACCUGAGCAAGCAGAAGAUCGAUCCCAUCCUCUACAUGACAGAAUGGUUCAUGUGUGCCUUCUCCAGGACCUUGCCCUGGAGCUCUGUGCUGCGGGUCUGGGACAUGUUUUUCUGCGAAGGAGUCAAGAUUAUCUUCCGAGUGGGUCUGGUGCUGCUGAAACACACCCUGGGCUCUUCGGAGAAGCUGAAAUCCUGCCAGGGGCAGUAUGAGACGAUGGAGCAGCUGAGGGCGCUGCACCCCAAGAUCAUGCAGGAGACUUUCCUUGUGCAAGAGAUCAUAGAAUUGCCGGUGACGGAGCGUCACAUAGAGCGGGAACACCUGAUCCAGCUCAAGAAAUGGAAGGAGACCCGCGGAGAGCUGCAGUACAAAUCCCCUCCACGCUUCCACGGCGCCAAGGCCAUCAGUGACGCCGAGCCGUAUUCCCGCAAGGCCCUGGAGCCCUCCCCCUCCAUCAUCCUCCCCCCCGGCACCAUGCUGUCCCCCAAGGGCCGCAAGAGCAAGUUGCCAAAGGGGCACAAGCGAGGGAAAGCCAGCCCGGCCAACGGCCCCAUCCCUGAGGAAAAUGGAACUCGGACUUUGCUGGAGACAGAGGCCCCUCUCCUCUGCCAGUCCAAGGAGAGCCUGAGCUCUCGGGAGAGCGAGGACACUUACCUGUAAAUGUGGUGGCUGAACACUCCCCAUGACCACCACUGCCUCCCCGGCCUGCUCUGGAGCUGGUCUUAGUGGCCUCUUCAGUCAAGAGUGAGCUGGCAACCCAUAGUUGGGGGGUGGGUAGCUGGGGUUCUGAGGGGUAUCUGCUGUUGCCAUGUGGACACUCAGGGUGAGCCGGGACGGCAAGGGCUCUCUAGCGUGGUCUUGACUGUGUGCAGCAAGGCAGCCUGGUCGCCAAUGGGCAAUAGCCAAAUGCACUUUUGAAGCCUCGGGUGGGGAGGGCAAAAGAGAAGUAGUCAUUGUCCCUCGCGAUUGGGAAGUCUUUACAGGGUGGGGGGGUUGCACUUGCUGCUCCCUUGUAGGAUUUGGGCAGCAUGGAUCAAGCAGGUAUAGGCAUAGGUAAGUCGGUUUGUUGCUCCACAGCCACCAUUGCUGUUUUGGAAGUGCUGCUUGGCCCAGUCUGGCGAGCCUUGGCUCUGUCGGGGACCGGCAGGAGUCAAGUCGGCUGGCCAUGCCCGCCAGUGUUGGCCUUUUCUGUCCAGGUGGACAGGACUGCAUCCAUUCCUUGAUCCUCUUGGCCUGUUUGCCGUUGGUCAACCUUCCUUAGUGCAGUCAGGGUGGCAAUCGUGUCUUCCCGUUUCACAGGGUUUGCAUUCCAAACUCGAUCACAGGAGCAGCUGUGCUGCUCUCUGUCAUUUUUGACAUUCCCCUCCCGACAGGCCUCUAGGCCUUCUCCCCUUACCGUUGGGUUCUCCAGGUGAGCUGAUGCAACGCUUCCUUCCGUUGCCUAAGUGUCAUGGAUGCCUGUUGGUUCUCUUUAUUUUUGUACUCAUUGAGAUUUGGAAAUUAUUCAAGUCCUGGAGGGCUUGGCCUCCUCCCAUCUUAUGUCACUGUUUUCUGCCCCCGUGCAUGGGUUAACUUCUCAGUGUGAGUUCUGCCCACCCUUCAGCUCACAGCAGAGUUGUAUGAAGGUCAGAGAAGUAGAUGUGUCCACCUCCCCUUGUUGUCUUGACCAACUUCAAAAGGUUUUCUAACCUGUAAUCGGAAUAUUGAAAUCGCCAUGCGCUUCUGGACCAAUUUUCUUCAUAGGAGUAACGGUUGUAGAGAUCCCAUAACUUGCGUUGUGUAUUGGGUGUGUGAGAUUUGGGUGCUAGCCGGUUUACAUCCCAGCUCUACAUGUGGCCCUCUGAUUUCCCCCUUGGAGCAAGGCACCUCAUUUCCAGGACACUAAAGGCAAAUUUCGUUACCUGACCUCAAGUCCUUCAAAAAAUUGCCUUGGGUCCCCUAAGGUGAUAAAGUCAAAAACGAUCCCUGCGUGCGCCGAGGGGGAAAGGGACUGAGCGGCACCCAUUGGUGGUUGUCUGUGGCUCCUCCCAUCAACUGACAAGGUGCCUCUCAUAUAAUAUAGGUUCCAAAAUGCAAAGUGCACCCACCGUUAAGCUUCUCUCUAGUCCUUUGCAGAUUGAUGUUAAACCUUCCUUAUUUUUGGAAGGCAGCCGUUUCAUUUCUGGAUAAAGCAACAAAAUUUGGGAGCCUCUGUAGUUUAUUAAGGAGGUUCAAGAAAAUGGUAUCUCAGCCUCUUUUCCUGGAUUGAGUAUUGGUAGGGGUGGCACACUACUGCCUGAGUUCACCUUUUCCGAUGGCCAGACUCUCCUGCGCAGAGGAGCAUAUGCCCAGAUGGCGUGGGGAGGGGGGGGCUCUUCUUUCUCCUCCCCCUGCCCCAGAGCUAGAUGAUGACCAAUGGGGGUGGGGUUGUUUUGUGUGUAUGUUUUGAAAGCAGGAAAUCAGAAGCUGAAAGCGUUUUUGUACGAAAGACCAAAUAAAGCAGAAUUAUGUAAA